UUUGCAGUCCAUCCAUUGUGGAUCGAGCAAUGCAAUGAGCUGCUUCAAAGUUGGCGAUAUGAUGUGCAUACAAGCCAAAAUUGACCAAGGCAGCACCUGUGGCUCCCACCAAUUAAUUGAGCCAUCCAGUAGGGAACCAGUUUGGUCCAUCCAAAGUUGCGAUACAAGCACAUGGCCAACGUCACGGCAGGAUUGAAGUGGGCGGCACACUUUGACGAAACAGCGGCACAGGCAGUUGUAAUGGCCAUUCCGGUCAAGAGUGCAAUCGGAAAGACGCCUUGCAUAGUGCCCAGGAUAAAGUUUGCCGACAAGACGAUGCCCAGUGCAAAUUGCAGCAGCAGAAAUGUGCCAAAAGCUUCUGCGGCUAUCUCUGGAAUCAGUUCCCGCGCUGGCACAACUUGCCGUCUUAGCCAAGCAACGAGUGCAGACGGCUGUUUCCUGUGGAGCUCUCCUUUCUGUGGCGGAGCGGUCGGAAUGGUUGGAUUGUUGGUGAUGGACGUGUCUUUGGGUAAUCGGGGCAACAACUGAUUUGCAGGUCAUCUUGUCGAUUGAUGGAAACGGCAUGUCGACGAACCGCUCCGCCACGACUCCUCCUAGCCAUUAAUGCUAAUCGCUGUCUAAGUCCAGGUUCUACUGGCCGACGAAAGUUCGGCCGUCUCUUCUGGCUUUCGUACCUGGUGGAAUCAUCAGCGGCGGUGGUGGGGUGCAUGGCUCUGGAGCAUUGGUACCGUGUGCCUUGAGACUCGAAGUUCCAGGAGCCAAUAGAAGACCAACAAGAAGUAGAGGGAACGUUAUUGACUGC